AUGAGGUUCUCCUGGAUAUUUAUAAUACAUGUGCUGUGUCUGAGUGGCCACCAGUGUGCACCGACGAAGCAGGAGGAGAUGAAUCUCCGGGACAACCUCAAGCAAUUAUCUGAAGUUGGAGAGAAGUAUGUGGAUGAAGAGGUAAAGAAAGCUUUGAUUGGUAUUAAGCAGAUGAAAAUUAUGAUGGAAAGAAAUGAAGAUAAGCACAGAGAUCUGAUGAAAACCUUGAAGAAGAGCAGUGAAGAAAAACAGCAAGCCUUGCGACUUAUGGAUGAAGUAAAGGCAAGACUGGAAGAAGAGGAAAGACAAUGUCAAGUAUCCUUGAAAAAUCUAUGGGAUGAAUGUGAAUCUUGUUUAGAAAGUACCUGCAUGAGAUAUUACACAACUUGCAAACAUGGUGUGUCAACCUUUAAGAGAAAGGUUGAAGACUUUUUGAGGAAAAUACCUCCACUCAUAUUUACUUUUCAUGAGGAGCAAGGAAGAGACAUCCAGUCUAAUGAAAAGCCUGAGAAAGAGGAUACCCAGCUAUUAAAGAUGGAAGAUUUAUUUAGCCAGCUAUUAUCAGAUGUGGGCUCAAUAUUUGACAGAAGUUUCAUUUUUUUCAAGCACAUGCAAAAAGAAUUUGACCAGUCUUUUCAGACUUAUUUCAUGUCUGACCUGGAGUUCAGUGAGUCCCCCAGCAUGCCAGCUUUACCCGAGGUCACCACCAGAAGUGAAGGCUCCCAGAGAGGCUGGGGCAUGCCAGGCUUCUUACAGAUAGUUUUUGAUUUCAGCAGGACGGUGUUCGAAGGUGUCAGUGAGGUGAUCACCGAUGUGUUUGAUGAAUACAGAGAUUACAGAAGAGAUGUGCCAGAACAAACCAAAGGCAAGUAUCCUGACAGAAGUGGCAUGUUUUCAAAAAUUGUGUCAGGGCGCCAGAGACUUCAGUGCAGGGAGCUCCGGGAGAACUCCUCUGGAUGCCCACAGUUUCAUGAGAGAUGCCAGAAAUGUCAAGACAAUCUUUUCCAUGAUUGCCCAAACGUUCCUGAGCUGCACAUAAAGUUUGAUGAAGCCUUUAAGCUGGUUAAUCUCUCAGGGGAGCAGUACGAGCAGAUUCUCCAGGUGGUUCGGCAUCACACGGAGGACACUUCCUACUUGCUGAACAAAAUGAAAGAAAGGUUUGGGUGGGUGUCUGAGUUAUCCAACAUGACCAUUGGACCAGAAAACAUUUUCAACAUAGUUAAGGUGGUACCUGGGGAUCCCUCCAGUAAAGAUGAAACUGUGGUAGAUGUGAACGUUCUGACUUCACCUACUUUCACCAUUAAAGUUCCUCCCAACUUAGAUCCCAAGAGUCCUGAGUUCAUCGAAUACAUAGCUGGGAAAGCACUCCAAUUGUAUAAGCAGAAUUUUUAAGUGGGAAGAAGAAGUGUGAAUUCUUUCUUCCUGAAAUAAAGUAUAUGCUCCUUAGUUGAACUACC